GCGCGUGAUUAUAGUAGAGUGAGAGAACAAUAGUUUGGUAGAUACAGACAGCGAGAGAGAGAGAGAGAGAGAGAGCGAGAGAGAGGGCGCGAAAUGGGAAAAUAAAAGAGAUGAAUAUCGACGAUACCACAAAGUAAAAAGAGAAAGAGCUAUAAAAUUAGUGGAAAAACAGCUGCUGCUGGAGUUUGACGGUUUCAGUGAUAAACAGACGGAAAAGACACGAAUACCUUUUAGUAUGGUAGCUUUUCUAAACGCACGCAAGCGUAUACGGAAAUGUUUACGUUUUGGAGCGCUCGGCCAUCCUCACUGAUCUUGUCGGAUUCUUUAUUUUGUGCAUCAUUAGUGCAUAUACGUGCUUUUUUAGCUCUACUUCAAGCUGUUGUUGAUCAUAACCUCACGAUGACGGUGAGCGCGACUACGAAGAACUAAUCACGAGGUCACCGACGUGUUUCUGGUGUUAAAAUUGCGUGCAAAACUUGGGUGUAAUAUUUUCAAGUUAUUUAUAUUUUUAUUAAUUUUUACAAGAAGUAAAUCAGUGUAAUGGGCAGCUACGUGAGUAGGGUACUAACAGCAUCCAACAGCGCAGUAAAUUCAGUCUAUCGAGGUAGAAAAAGAAAAUGUAUCGAAGAAGAUGAUUUGGAGUCCGAGUCAAGAUUUAUCGACAAAACAAUGCAGACUCCCAAAAGGAGAAAAUUACUUACUACUGCUCAGUACAUUUACAAGACAUUAUUUCAAGAAGAAAAAGGCAGCGAUGUUACAGUGCUAAUGCUCGGAAAAGCUUGGAGACUGCAUAAAGUUUACAUAAGUCAAAGUCCAUACUUUGCUAGUAUGUUUUCUGGUUCUUGGCGCGAAGCUAAUGAGAAGGUAGUGAGCGUCGAGAUCACCGAUCCCAAUAUCACACUAGACUCGCUCACUCUUGUCCUUGGCUCUUUUUAUCAAGAUGAAAUCAGUCUUGAGCCAAAAGAUGUAAUUUCCAUACUAGCAACAGCAACACUUUUUCAACUCCAAGGUCUUAUAGAUCAAUGUACAGAAAUCAUGGCUGAAACAACAAAUAUAAAAACUGUAGUUCCUUAUUAUAAUGCAGCUGUUGCUUAUGGUGUGCCAAAGGUAAAAAAUACGUGUAAAAGGUGGUUAGAAGUUAAUGUAGUAGGAUAUGGCUGGCUUUACCCUACAUUCUUAAAGGAGAUAAAUUCAGAUUUAAUGGCAGAGCUUAUAUCUAGUCCUGACUUAAUAGCUAUGCAAACAGAAUUUUGCAUUUACAUGAUGUUAAGAAUAUGGUUGUUUGUUCAUAUACAAAGUAAAGAUGAAAUAAUACAAAUUGAGGAGUUUUUUAGAAGCCAUACAUGGACCGAACCAUUUCUCGAUACAAAAGAAGGCAAGGAGUUUUGCGCUCCUUUUAAAGCUCUUCGUAAAAAAUACUUGCUAUUGAAUGAUCAAGAUGUAAAGCUUUUGCAAAAUGACAAUAUAAUUCCCGAGGAUUGGUUGUACGAAUCUUAUAAAGAGCAAUGGCUUCAUAUUCUAAGAAUUGAUGCAAAUAAAGAUACAGGGCCUAAAAAUAUGGAUGAGUUGGAUUUUUCAAGAGAAUGUUUCCGUUGUGCUAGAUGUGUCGAUAGACCGGGAGAGCACGUGUGGCGAUGGACUGCUUUUCAUUUCGGCCUAGACCUUGUUGUUAAUCUCGACCUAACGACUCUGAGAUUCAAAAGGUAUAAUAGACUGGACUCGGAGCACAUAAAAGCCAAUCACAGUAAACAUCAUAUUAUAUUAAAGGUUUGCCUCAUUUCCUUAAACGAACAGCGACAAAUUAAAUACAUACAAGAUUCUGGACAAAUUAGACUAUCGUUACACAAAAAUGAAGAGAAGCAAGUUAUGUGUCUUGACAAGGAUUUAUCCUAUCCCCUCUACAUAUCAGUUAAUAUGCAAGUUGUUACACCCUUUUCGUCGAAUGAAGAAGAAAGAAAUGCAAGUAUCACAGUUCUUGCUGACUCCUAGUCAUUGAUGGCGUACGUUUAAUGUUAAUUUGCCUCAUGCAAUGUGAAACAAAGACAGAUACAUUAUUCAAAAUAUACGGCAUCUUGAUAAUACUAGUCGAAAAAUCGUAUAUUGUGUUUGUGAAAUAACGACCAUAUUUCACAUAGUGAUGAUGCGCACAAAGAGAAAUAUACUUUGGAUGAUUCAGAAUGUCAAGUGUGGUGCCAGUUACUAUAGUUUAAGGAUUCGUAAAAAUUUUUUAUAUCAUGAAAGAAAAGGACUUUAAUUUAGGAAUUAUUUCUUAUUACCAAAACAGCAUUGGUAAAACGAUACGA